GCAGAAAACUGCAUCAGUAGGUAUAGGUGAGUCUGAGUAUAUAAGAUAGAAGCAUGAAAAGUCCAUGUUUACUCAUCGUCGUGUUGGCAACAGUUUACUGGCAGCCAGCUGCAGGACGUGAUCAAUUGCCGACAAUACCAUCACUUCAAGAUUUUUCACCGAUUAACAUUUUAACUCCUACUACUGUUAAUUUCCUCAAAGGAAUCCCGAAUUUGUUCGGUUUGUGCUCUGCGAUCAAAUCGAUACCUCAUGGGAUCGUCUUAAAGAUGAAAGAUUUUCUCGAGGAGAUCGUCGAAGACAUACCAGACGAUAACUUACUCAAAUUCCACUUCAAUAAUGUCAUAUUCCUUAUUGAUUCUUACAAAAAUAUAAUCGACGCUAAGAAAGAACUUGCUCGCAAGUUCAAAAAGAGGAUCAAUAAUUUAAAACCAAAUACCGAUGAGCCCACCAUGUUUCGAGAUAUUACCAAAGCGAUUAUUAAUCCCUUCGAACCAUUUCUUAAGCCGUUCAUGCCGGACGAGGAUGAGAGCCCUUUAAGAUCUCUACUACCAACAGCUCCGCCAAAAAAGAAAAUUAAACUGAUAGAUCUUGGUCGCAAGUAAAAUGAAUCACAUGAGGUGGGAAGUGGUCAUUUUACAAGCUCGCUGCCUAGUUCUAAAAGCUAAAGAAAUGAUGAUUUUUCAUUCAUAAAAAUGUGAUUGGAGUUUGAAAUAAAAACGAUUUUGAAAAUUUGUA